AAAGUUCAACUUUUGUGAUUAUAGUACAGUAAGUUCAUUAUAAUAUAUGUUCAACACUUGUGCAUCAAUAGUUUUUGAUUGUUGUUAAUUUGUAAUUUUGUUACAAAGUUCUCAGUAUUUUGACAAUAAAAUGUCCCAGGAAGACAAUGAACAAUUUUGUAAACAUGAACCUCAGUCAAAUGAACAAUAUGAAGAUUAUCAAGAAGCUGGCCCAAGCUCUCGGUGCGAUGAGAUGGAUACUCGACCCGAGGUUAUGAGCUCUAAGAUAGAGUUCCUGGAAGCUAAAGUAGAUGCAUUGGGGCGAAUUCAAAAAGAGUUUUUUAAUACAAUUGAAACUCAAAUAGUGGAAGGAAGAUUCGAGCCAAAGAGAUUGAUAGAGCUGAAAUACAAAGCGAAAUUCACCAAGAAAUUGGUGAAAAGAAGAUAUGAUCCAGCUUGGAGAUUAAUGAUUAAACGUUUACAAGAAGAAAGGGUGAAGGCAGAUACUUUGAGAACCAUUAAAUCGACCUUCUUGUUCGGUCCUAAGGAUCCUAUUCCAUUCGUAAGAAAAUUGGCGGAGAUAUUGUUUGGUCAUGACAGGCUUGUAAAAACCAUGAUGGGCAAAAACGGACAGCCAUUGAAAGGUAUUAAACCCUGUGAUAGAAAUGAAUUUUUCACAUCAGAAGAGGAGCAACUUUUUUUGGAUCUCAUGAAAUUAGUGGAUGAAAAGCUGUUUGACGACGAAGAUGCUUUCGAGUAUUUGGUGAGAAGAAUUGUAAACCAACUCGGACGUGAUUUGGCACGGCCACCCAUCCGACUGCCAAGAUGUCUACAUUUCAAUCGAGCUGAUAAUAUUAGAGCAAUAACAGAUUACUUUCCAAGGGUCACAAGACCAGGACCUGCAAGAACCGACCCGCAGUGCAAUGAUAAUGUGAUCAAUAUUGAUUGAAUCUUGUUGAGAUUUUAAGUUACUCAGAAUUUCUAUUCUCAUAUUUCCAUUUAUCUCCCCAUUUUUAGGCUAAAAAUUUUAUCAAUUUCUACAGAACUAUUGUUUUGUGUAAUUGGUUUGACAAUAAUUUCCGAAAAUUUACUUCGAAAUUUCAUUAUUAUCAAAUAUCAUAAUAACCGCAUGUAUUAGUUAUUCAACUUAUUUAAUAAUUUUAUAACUGUUUUAGUCUAUGUAUCUGUGUAAGUUUGGCCAUUGAUUUUCAUUGUUUUUCACUUUGAAUUGAAAUUGAAUGGACCAAACUAUUCAACUUGUAUCACAUAUCACAUUUAUUUUAAAAGUCAACAAUUUUUUACCAAUAAAUAUUUUUUAA